CGGGUCGAAGCGAGUUCUGCGUUGCUGCUCUGCCGCGAUCGUCGGCCGCCACCACCAUCUUUGCCACCUGCUUGACGCUCUGUCGGCCCUCGCCGCACGUCGUGCUGGCCGCCGCCCCGCCCUCCCCCCCCCAGGCCCUCCCACGCGCAUGGCGUUGCCCCACCCACUGCGCUAAUGGGCAGCUCCCUGGCGUCCUUCCUCCCAUGCGGCCUCCUGGGUCAUGGUGGCAGCCGCCGACGCGGCCACAGCUCGUCCUCGGGCGCCCCUGGGCCUGGCGCCGAGGAGCUGCGCCUGCAGGAGGCUUUGCUCGAGGCCGCCGUGCGCGGCCGCGUGGGCCCGGAGCUGCUCGCGGAGGCGGCGGAGGCCGGCGUGGCGCACGGCGUGGUGCGCCGCUGCUGGGCGAGGGGCCUGCUCGCCUCCGCGGUGCGCGCGCGCCACCUGGACGAGGAGGAGUUGCGGUGGGCUGCCGCGCUCUCGGGCUACUACUGGGGCGCCGCCGAUGCCGAGGUGGAGGCUGCCGUGCGCCGGCUGCGCGCGGAGGCAUGGCUGGUGGAGGUGAUGGGCUCGGGCGACGCAGUGCUCCUCGCACGGGCGUGCGCCGAGGCCACCGCGGCGGGUGCUGGCAGCGAGCGUCUGCGGCAGGCGCACGACGAGGUGCGGCGGCUGAUGCCAGGCGCUGCAGACGGGCUCGAGCAGGCCCUGUACAGAGGCCACGCGCCGGGCGCAGGUCCGGCUCCGCCCAGCUCAGCAGCUGGCACGGGUCGGUGGAUGUCCAUCCUCCGACCGGCGCGCAGCCGCAAACUUGGCGGGAAGCAGAGGAGGCGAGCCUACCAGCUCCCGAGGAGGGCUUGGAGGUGGCCGCCGGUGCAGUCAAAGCGCCUGGUGUACCAGGUGCUGUCACAAGCCAGACGUCGCAGGGAUCUCGCAGCUUCGGGCACAGCAACACGCACAGUGAGUGUGGUGUCUCAGAAGGCUCGCACACGGCGCUGCAGGCGAGCGCUGGCCAGCUCUCAGGAGAGGUCCUUGACGCGGCAGGGGAGGAGCCCACAGCAGAAGAGGCAAGCACUCAGGCAAGCAGCGCAAGGGAAGAGCUGCUCGACGCCCUGAAGAGCGGGAGUGCCCCGCUCAUCGAGGAGCACUGCUGCAGAGCCGAGGCGAGGGGCGUGAGCAGCGCGACGGUGCUGCACUGCAGGUCCGCCGCCUGCCGCAUUCUCGCGGAGGCCAACAACGAGCUCCGGGAGGCGAUCCGCGCCGGCCUGCCCCUGCAGAUAGAGCGCGCGGUCCAGCGCGCAGAGGUUGCGGGCGUGGAGGAGGCUGUGCUGCUGAAGUGCGCCGCGGAGGCAAGGAGGCUGCUGCAGGUGGCAGAGGACAGCCUGGCGGACGCGGUGCGGGGAGGGAACGCCGCCCUCAUAGACGAGGCCUGCGCCGCUGCGGCCGCCAUGGGCGUGCCUGACGUCGUCGUUGAGGCCGCGCGCAACGAUGCGCGGAGGCUGCUGGAGAGGGCUGCUGCGGAGGUGAAGCGGGCGAUGGGAGGCCCCAGCGCCGUGAGGCUGGAGGAGGCGUGCCGCCGUGCGGAGCGUGCGGGCGUGGAUGCCACGCUGGUGGAGAGGGGCCGCGUGGCCGUGAGGCAGAUGCGCGCGUCUGCGGAGCUGGAACUCCUGGAGGCGAGGAGGACCGGAGAUGCCGUCGGCAUUGACGCCGCCUGCGCCAAGGCCGAGGCCGCAGGCGUGGCCACGGCCACGGUGGCGAGGGGGCGCGCGGAGGCGCGCGCGCUCCGCAGGGAGGCGGAGCUGCAGCUGUCCCACGCGUCUUGGAGCAGCGACCCCCAGGUCCUCCUGGACGCGUGCCGCAGGGCGGAGGCGAUGGGCGUCGACGCGGAGCUCGUCUCCCACGCGCGCUCCGACCUGAGCGCCCUGGCAGCGCGCGCCUGCGCCGAGCUCCGCGAGGCCACCAGAAGCGGGGCCGCGGCCGCCGUGAUCGAGGAGGCCUGCCGCAGGGCGGAGCUGGCCGGCGCGGACGCGGCCACGGUCUCGCAGGGCCGCGCCGAGGCGGCCCGCCGGAAGGCCUCCGAGGAGGCGCCGGCCGCGGCCGCCGAGCCGCAGAGGCAGGAGUCGCCCCUCCGCAGGCGGCUGCGGUCCUGCGGCCCCGCCAUCGCCAGCCCGAGGGCCGCGGCGGCGGCCCUGGCCGGCUCGGCCGCCAGGGCCGCGGGCGAGGCCGCGAGGCGUGCGGCGCCCUGCCGCGGGCCCUCCCCGCUGCGCCGGGCGCUCUCGGCGGCGCUGCGCCCGCCGGUCUGCCACGCCGAGGGCUGCGUCGCGCCCAGGGCUGGGCCAGCUCUGUGCAUGGGCUCCUGGGCGGCGUCCCUGCUCGCGCCGAGAUCAUGCCUCAACUCGUCUGCCGCCACAGGGGACUGGAGCCUGUGGUCCGAGCUGCUGCGGCCGCCCUCGGCUGCCCCGCCCCAGCUCCGAGGGCCCGCGCGGCCUGCGGUCCGGGAGGUCUCUGGCCUCGGCAGCGCGGGUCUCAAUCGGCAGCGCCUGCGGACGCAGGAGCACGGCAUGUUGAAGUUGCCCAGCUGGUCGCUCGUCGCUCUGCACGCGCCGUCGAGGGCAGCCGCUCGGGAUCGGGCGCUCGGCCGCAAGGGCGUGCUCGUGGCGCUGGCCUCUCUCUCUCUGAAGGCAGUCCUUGCCAUGGGCUGCUCCUCGAGCCGGGGCCGCAGGACGCGAUCCGUGGGCAUUCCGGAGCAGACAAGCGCGCAGCUGGACACCAUAGCGCAGAGCGCCGAGACGGGCCUGGAGGCGCUGGCAGCCAGCGCGAGGCAGACCUCGGAGGCGACAGCAAAGGGCGCGAGGCACCUCACGCAGGCGAUGGCGCAGCACGUGCACGUGGAGCAGGCCGCACACAUCGGGGCGCAGGCCGCGGAGGCGGGCGUGGACGUCGCAGCGGAGCGGGAGGCGCCGGCAAGUCCGAGGCCGCACCUGCCGGAUCUGGAGAGCGACGAGCGCGGCAGGAACGUCCCAGACGCCGCCCUGGCGAACUGGGGGCUGCUGGGCGGGGCGGAGCUCGAGCCGCCGCUGGCGAGCAAGGCCGUGCUGCUCCUGGACGCGGGGUGGCUGGCGGAGCAGGGCGGCAGCACGCGCGUGAAGAAGUCGGACGCGUGGGCGCAGAGGUCCAUGCGGCUGGGCCCGCGGCAGACGCUGCCCGACGAGGCGUUCCGGUCUCGGAGCGAGGUGAAGAGCGCCACGCACCCGUCCAUCCUCCGGAUCGCGUGCGUCUCGCACUGCUGGCUGCACCCCGAGCACCCAGAUCCGAGGGGCAUAAACCUCCACGUGCUGAAGGAUGCCCUGAAGCACCUGCUGCGCGAGGGCGACCCCAAGAUGGAGCCGUGGUGCGGCCCCGGCUGGGGGGUGCUCUACGACUAUUGCUCCCUGCACCAGGCCAUCUACCAGGCGAAGCUCACAUUCGAGAAGAAGAGCAGCCUGAUGGCAGCGCUCCAGAAAGAGGGCGGCGCGCAGCUUCCAGCGGACUGGCGGCUGGCGACCCACGAGGAGGUGAAGGAGAACUUGGCAGAGGUCUGGAGGAAGCUCGGGCAGUCUGAUGUCUGUAUGCUAGCAGACAACUGGAAGGUCGACGGGACGGGCAAAGAGUGCAAGGUCAUGCCGCAGGGGAACGACGAGCCUCCCGGGGACGCCAUCUAUGUGAAGGACUGCCGAAACCAGACCCGGUCCCCCCAUCACGCCGAGCCGAGGCUAGGAGAGAGCGACGAGGAGAGGAGGAUCCGGCUCGCAGGGAUGACCCGCCUCGAGCCCGAGGAGACGAGGCUGUUCGGGGACGCCCUAAAGUUCAUCGGGCACUUCUUCUCCCACCAGUCUACACUCGUGCUCAUGCUCUCCAUGUCGCACGCUGACUACAUAUUCGACGAUUCUGAGGUCAGCAGCAGGGAGUACCUGGAGCGCGGCUGGUGCGCGUGCGAGGCGGGGCUGGCGAUGAUGGUGAAGGCUCCGUCGCGGGUGCUGGAUCUGGGCAGGGUCCUUUCCGAGAACGACGGCCAUGCGGAGCGCGCGUUCCGGCGCUCGGAGCACGAGGGCGGCGGGAACGUCUCCCACAGGGGCUCCGAGUGGCAGAAUCGCUGCCCGAAGAAGUGGCAGGCCCUGGAGCUCCCAGACGCCUUCCGGGCGCGGCUGGAGAAGCUGUCGUUCUCGAGCCCGGAGAUCACAGGGGCCUCGUGGAGGCGCUGUACCGGGAGGCCUUCCAUCAUCGGCUGCAGAGCACCCAGGCCCUGGAGUACCAGAGCCUGGGCUGGGACGGCGCCCGCGGGCAGGCUGCGGCCGAGGCCCUGGCCCGGGUGGCCGAGUCUGGGUGCGCCGCGCACCUCGCCUCCCUCGCCAUCUGCGGCAACAGGCUGGGCGACGAGGGUGCCGAGGCCAUCGCCCUGGCGCUGGGCUCGGGGAGGCUCGAGCAGCUGCAGGAGCUGA